AUGACAAUCAACACAUCGUCGUCCGACGAGGGCGUGACUGGAGCUGCUAAAUUCGUCACUUCGACUGUUGGAAACACCGUAGGUGGUCUCGCCCGCACCGUCGGCGGCAUCACAGGCGCCGCUGGCCGCGGCAUCGGCGACACCAUCACCGGCGCCACAGGCAGUCUGGGCAAGCCGGUGGGCGACGGGCUGGCGAACGCGGCGAGCGGCGUGGAAGGCGGUACGCGCAAGGUCGCGCAGGGCGUCGAGGACGCUGGGGCAUGGAAGGGUGGGGCGAAGAGGUUUUGA